AUGGGACUGUGGGACCCCCUGGCCUCACCCGGCUCUGCUUCCUUCCAGAUCUACAGGGACAACCGGAAUCUGUUCGCGGUGCAGGAGAACGAGCCUCAGAAGCUGGUGGAGAAGGUGGCCGGCGACAUCGAGGGCCUGCUGGCCAGGAAGGUGCAGGCCCUGAAGGCCUCGGAGGCCCAGCUGCCCUUCGCCAGGGGUGACCGGCAGGAGCUGCUGGCAGCACUGGGCUCGCUGGUCACACGGACCUUUGUCUGCCUGUCGGCCGGCCCGGCCCCCAACUUCGAGUCCCGGCCAGACAGUGCCCUGCUUUCUGUCCAGGAGGAAGACAUCGUGUACUACGACGCCAAGGCUGAUGCUGAGCUGGACGACCCUGAGAUUGAGGAUGUGGAAAAGGGGGCCAAGGUCAGCACCCUGAAGCUGGACUUCGUUGAGGACGCCAACUUCAAGAACAAGGUCAACUACUCGUACACGGCGGUGCAGAUCCCCACGGACAUCUACAAAGGCUCCACCGUCAGCCCUCCACCCAGGUCACAGGUGCUCACCUCUCAGACUCACCCACACGCAGGCAGCAAGCGAGCCAGGCACAGCCUCGCCGAGGCUGCCGAGCAUGGAGCCUCGGCCCUGUGCAGGGUCCCCCGUGUGCGCACACAUGCCCCACGCGUGCAUGCAUGCCCAGGAUGGCCCCUCACGCUGGGCCGCCCCACCCUCCCUCGUUCCCUGGCCCCAUGUAGGGGCGAUGGAGGGGCUACCUCAUCAGAUGGACUCAGGGACACGGGGUUCAGGGAGCAACUCCCCACAGGCAGGAACUCUGUGACAGACACUUCCCUCCUCCUCUGCUGGGGGAGAGGGGGGGAGAGGACGGGGGAGAAGGCUGGGAUUCCAGGCUCCAGGGAGGGCAGCUUUGCACAAGGAGGAAACCAGGCCAUUACAGCUAGAAGGACUUCAGUCAGACAUCAGGAGGAACUUCCUGAAAGUCUUGGGAGCUGGAAGCGGGGGCCAAGAGGGGAACACUAGAUGGGGAGCUCUAGCAGCAGGACUCAAGGCUCCGGAGUCUCUUGGUUCUGACUUAAAUCGGGGAUCACCUACAGGGCACCUCAGAGUCCAGGGUGCCCACUGGGUAGAGGGUCUGGGGACAGAGGCUGCCUCCAGAAUGCAGGGAGCCCUCGGGGUGAAGGGGGGCCAUCUCCACCCCCGCAGGCCCCUGCCCGAGCCAGUGGAGGAGCGCUAUCACAAGCAGGCACCCUAAUUAAAACAGGAGCCACGCCGCCCUCCCCAGUCACCCCUCGCUACCCACACAAAUUACAUUUUAUAUGUUUUUUAUUUACUGUGUCACUUUUAAUUAAAUCUGUAAUCGCCCGCCUGAGGGGGCAUGGGCCCCGUUUUCCAGCUCAGCGUGAUCUGAGGGCGUGCAUGUGGGUGCGGGUGGG